AUGUCGUUUGUCAAGCUUAGCAUCUUCGGGACAUCAUUCGAGGUCACCACCCGUUAUGUCGACCUCCAGCCAGUCGGAAUGGGCGCAUUUGGGCUUGUCUGCUCGUCCAAAGAUCAGCUCACGGGGACCUCCGUAGCAAUAAAGAAGAUUAUGAAGCCUUUCAGCACACCUGUGUUGAGCAAACGGACAUAUCGAGAGUUAAAACUCCUGAAGCAUCUUCAGCACGAAAAUAUAAUCAGCCUCAGCGAUGUCUUCAUUUCACCACUUGAAGAUUUAUACUUCGUCACUGAACUGCUCGGGACGGAUCUCCAUCGCCUACUCACAUCAAGACCACUUGAGAAGCAGUUCAUCCAAUACUUCCUCUACCAGAUACUCCGAGGUCUCAAAUAUGUCCACUCUGCUGGCGUAGUUCAUCGGGACCUCAAGCCGAGCAAUAUUCUCGUCAACGAAAAUUGCGACCUGAAGAUUUGUGACUUCGGUUUGGCGCGUAUCCAAGACCCCCAGAUGACCGGCUACGUGUCGACGCGGUACUACCGCGCGCCAGAGAUCAUGCUGACUUGGCAGAAGUAUGACGUAGCUGUCGAUAUCUGGAGUACAGGUUGCAUCUUUGCCGAAAUGCUCGAGGGAAAACCUCUCUUCCCUGGCAAAGACCACGUCAACCAGUUCACAAUUAUCACUGAGCUUCUAGGCACACCGCCAGAUGAUGUCAUAGAAACGAUUGCCAGUGAAAGCACGCUUAGAUUUGUGCAAAGCCUUCCCAAGCGAGAGCCUCUGCCGUUUAGUCAGAAGAUUCGUACCGCAGAUGCAGAUGCCAUCGACCUCCUCGAGAAAAUGCUGGUUUUUGACCCUCGUAAACGAAUAGACGCGACAGAUGCACUGGCCCAUGAAUACGUCGCUCCCUAUCACGACCCUACAGACGAACCCGUUGCCUCCGAAAAAUUCGAUUGGAGCUUUAACGAUGCCGAUCUUCCUGUGGAUACCUGGAAAGUGAUGAUGUACAGCGAGAUUUUAGACUUCCAUCAAGUCAGUGAGACGACAACGUCUACGAAUAAUGGGGCAGUCCCCACCGGUGCGCUGGCGGGUCCAGAUGUUCCGGCUCCUGCUUCUGCCCCUGUGACUGCUGCUUAA